AUGUCUGAUUAUACAAAUCAAAUAAUGUCAAAUUCGGUUACCGAAAUUCGUGUCGAAGUCAAUCAGCGCCAUUUAAUUGACAAAAUGCUGGCUCGAUAUGCGGCAGAAUUUGUGGUUUUCCGUGAAUUGAUGCAAAAUGCAGAUGAUGCGAAAACAACUGCAGUGGAAAUUAUAUUUGAAGGUUCCACUGAUGGAACUCUUACAAAAACGAUUUUUAAAAAUAAUGGCUUUCAUUUUCGAGGGCAAGAUUGGAACAGAUUAAAAAAAAUUGCUGAAGGAAACCCUGAUGAACAAAAGAUUGGUGCUUUCGGUGUUGGAUUUUACUCAUUAUUUUCUGUCUGUGAGAAUCCAAAAGUAUCUUCUGGUGGACUUAUGAUGGAAUUUUUCUGGAGAGGUGAUCAACUAUAUGCAAGACACGGUCCUGAUGGUUCCAAAAAUCUGCAAUGGACUGCAUUCGAAAUGGAAAUGAGAACACCUGGAAAAUUUCCAAAUGUGGACAGCUUUAGCCGUUUCCUGGCAACUUCAUUGGGAUUCACUGGCAAUCUUUGUGAAGCUUCUGUAUAUUUUAAUAAAGAUCGCGUAAUUCAUAUCACAAAAAAGAUCGGUCAACCACAAUCGAUUGAAAUCAGAUCCGAUAUAAACAACGAAUCUCCAAAAGGCAUAUUUAAACUUUUGUCAGCAGAUUUAUGUAAUGUUCAAAUCGAUGCACGUAAAGUCUGUAUCCCUCCUGGAACACUGCCAUCUGGAAACUGUCCAGUAGAAGUAGCAUCUGUAUGCCUCCAAAUUGCCAGCGGAAACAUGGCGGUUCGAGUCCCAGAUGACUUUUGUGAUGAAAUGGAAAGGUUAACAAAGAAAAAACCUCCGAAACAAACUAAAAUACAUGUCCUUCUUCCAAAAUAUAAUGACUCUACAAUGGAUAAAUCUUCUAAUAUUUUUAAAGAUUUACUACCAUUCCCUGAGCAGGGAAGAAUAUUCAUCGGGUUCCAAACUCAUCAAACUACCGGUUGUUCCGUGCAUGUGGCCGCUCGUGUCAUUCCAACGGUUGAACGUGAGUCUAUUGAUUUGGUUGAUCCUACUCUUUCUAUAUAUAAUUCAGAAAUGUUAUGCUCUGCUGGAAUAUUAUCCCGAUUGUUAUACGAAAAUGAAAUGUGUCAAAUUUCUAACUUAUAUCAAAAUGCAAUUAGUACGCAAAAAUCAACAUUUGAUUGCGAGAAACGUGCAGCGCAUGUGCUCGCACAUUUUACCUUUAGGAAUAGUACUCCAAAUUUUAAAGUAUCAGAGAUAAUCGAACCACAAUUUUUCAAUUGUUGUUCUUCAAAAUUAUCCAUAUUAUCUACUAAUGGAGUCAAGGCCAUUAACAAGAUACGAAUACCUGAUCCAGAAAUGGCUGCAUUUACUAAAACUGUUUCUGUUGUUCCAGAAAUCGUGUUCGAAAGAUGUGAUUUGUUCUUUAAUAGGGCAGAAACUGUAUUAAAGCUCAUCGAAAAAGCAUCAAUUAAUGAUGCAUUUGAUGAAUUGAAAAGUCGAACUUUAAAUCAAGAAGAAAUGGAGGCUGCAAUGAGAUGGUGGAUAUCAUAUUCAAUAAAACAAAAUGUCACGAACUUAGGACAUGAUAGAUUUGCACAAUAUGCAGUUGUACGUGAUGGAAUAAGCGCUUUACCAUUGAAAAACAUUCGUUAUUUCCUUAAUAUAAAAAUAAUACCACCAGAAUCAGACAUUCCACCUGAUGUUUUGCCAUAUUCUAUCAGCAAAACGUUUAAACUUAUUGAAUUAAAGAAAUAUUUUGGGAACUGGGUAGAGCUUCCCUUAGGGGUGUGGGCAAAAUACAUUCUCAAAAAAUAUAAAAUAGAGAAUGAUUCAUCCUUUGCAGAGAAAUUUAUAGGAAUUCUCUCGCAAGGUUACAAAUCAAUGGAUGGUGAAUCCAGGACUACUAUAUGCAAAUUACUCUCUCAAAAAUCAUGUAUUCCAACUCAAUUUGGCUUAAAGAGACCGAUUGAUACUUAUUUUCCAGAAGUAACUCUAUUUGAAGAUUUGCCUAGAUUUUCUAUGAAGAAUAUUUCUGAAGAUUUUUUCUUAGGAAUGGGUGUGCAUAAGCACGUCGAAUUACAACUUGUUUUCAAUCGCAUGGUUAAUAAUGAAAAUUUAGAUCAUAUGAAACUUGUUGAAUAUUUCGCAUCGAUAUCAAAAAGCCUUAAAAAUGAUGACAUUGAAAAAUUAAAAACUACUGCAAUUUGGGUAGAGGAGAAUGCUAAUUUAAAUAAGCCAAAGACCAAAAUUCGAAGAUAUUUAGCAAAAAAUCUAUAUGCUCCGUCUCCUAUGAACAGAAUGCUUAGAUUGCCAAUAAUAUACUGGAAAGGUAAUUGGAUUGGGAACUCAGAUGAAGUAAAUUUCAUGAUCACUCUUGGACUUCAAGAAUAUCCAUCCCUUCAAGCCAUUCUUCGCCUCGCAUCACCACCUACAGUUCCCCAAAUUAGAGAGAAAGCGUUAAAUUAUUUCAUCGAUAAUUUAAGGGAAAAAUAUAGAGAAUACAGGGCAGCUUUAAUUCAAGAUGAAUUUUUACCAUGCGAUAACACUGGAGUUUAUACAAAGCCAUCAGAUUGCUUUUCAAAUCCAGAUUGUAUGAUAAUGGGAUUUAACACUUUACGUAAAGAUUUGCGUAUUCGAGCUGAAGAAUUGGGUGUUAGACAGCAUCCUAAUGGCAAGCAGCUAUUGAAAAGAUUAUCAAAUAAUCUUCCGAAUAGUAUAGAUGAAGCAAAGAUGUGUUUCGAUUAUUUAUCAUCACGCAGAGGCGAUUUUGAUCACGAGGAUUGGAAAGUUCUCAGAAGUCUCGAAUUUAUACCUAUUCAAGACAAUUCCAUGUCCGGAAAAAUCACUCAUUACUCUCCAAAGGAUUGCUUUUUAAAUUGCUCAAAUGAAAAUUACGCAAACAUACUUCCUAAUGUUGAUUUUGGUGAAGUUGCAAACAUAUUUUUAGAAAAUUGUGGAGUCAAACGAGAACCAUCUUCGUUAGAUUUAGCUGAAUACCUUGUUAGAUCAUCUAAAGAUUGCUGGAGCCGAAUGGACGAGGAUUCGUACGUUUCCAUUCUCGGAACGAUUGCAUUUAAUUAUCCUUCAAUUUUCAAAGAGAAACCUACCUUAUAUGAAGAAAUGAAACAAUCACCAAUCUUAUUGGGUAGAAAAAAGUAUGGUAAUUCAGAACGUUAUGAAUUAGCGUGUGCAAACGAAAUUUUUAUAAACGAUAAUGAUCGUUAUCGGGACAUGUUUAACGCGUUAACAUGUCAAUUUAAGGAUCAAAAAAUGGAAGAAUUUUAUAGGGUAUUGGGAUGUCAAACGCUUAGUUCAAAUGUAAAAUCAACACCCGAACCUGAAGGCACACCAGUAUCCUCACAGAUUUCUGAUGAAGUGUUAGAAAAAAUACAGGAGCGAGUUCCUUGGUACUAUUCAAGUAUACCAAAUGACAAUAUUAAAUGUGAGGUGACAUGGGUAGAGAAUUUAAAAGUUAUGGAAGUUGAUCGAAUAUAUGUCACUUAUGAGCUCACAACUAACAAAAUGAUCAAAAAAGAAGAAGUCAGUUCUAGUAUUUCAGAAAACGAAAAUACAUACAUCCUUUAUAUUUCUCGUACCACCACAGAUUUUACAGAUAUCGCGUCAAAUUUGAUCCUGCAUAUUCAUCAACGACCUCAACGUCAGCAUUCUUUGACUUUAUACACGUACUUAACUUCACAAAUAGAUGUUCUGCAACGACUUGGGUAUCCCAUCGAAAAAACAAAGAAAGCAUCUAAGGGUAGAGCUCCAGAAACAAGAACAGCAACCAUGGAGCCACCAACGAAAAUCAGGAAAACAGACCCAUCUGCACCUAUACCUAAUAAUGAAUUACAAAAUUUAUUGCGUGGUGGUAUCAUGUCUUGUAGGUCAAAUUUUCAAGAUUCUGUAUAUAGUCCACCAACUGUUAACUCUGUACCUGAAAGUCGUUGUGAUUCUGUGCCAGAAACUUCAUUAAAAUAUGUUAAAACCGAAGGUGAAAUUGAACUUCAUGUAGCAAGUAAUAUGGAUCCAUCUAGUAUUUUGUCCCCUACUAUGACAAGAGCUUUGAAAAGUUUUAUUAAAGUUCUCGUCAACGUUGCUGAAAUUUUUGAUAUUCAACGAAACAAACUUAAUAUAUUUUAUGAUCUUGAUUCAACAACGGUUGCUUUCAAUCGUAAUAGAACAUUAUUUUUUAACUUAAAAUACUAUAUAGAAUUUAAAGAACCUUAUAAUAAAGCUUUGAUAUCCUGGUUUAUGACAUUUUGCCACGAAUUAGCACAUAAUUUCGUUCAACUUCACAGUGCUGAACAUGAGUUUUUCUUACAAUCAUAUGCAAAAACAUAUAUUCCAAAAUUAUUUGAAAAAAUGGGAGGUGGGAAUCCUGGAACAAGUGGUGGUGGUGCUGGACAAUCUGUUACAUCAAGAACAACAACAUUAUAUAACCCCUAUGCAUGA